GCAAACACUCAUUUCUGCCUCUCUGCUGCUCACACGCUCAUCGUAGCACACUCUCCUGCCUCCUCGCUCGCUCGCUCGCGCUCUCUCUCUCCGCUUCACCCGACCAGCCCCCUCCCCCCACUCACACACACACACAUACACACACACACACACGCGUACCUGAGCUGGCGGUGGGCUGCGCUGCUGGAGGGGCUUUUCGCCGCAACUUUUCUGAAGGUGCUCGCUCGUGGUUUUGGGGGGAGAGGCGAGUGUCCGGCGUCUCCUCUUUCCUUCUUCUCUUCCUCCUGGAAUGCUAAAACUGGGCUGAUGGACAUUUCCGAACUUUGCAUCCCUGAUCCUCUCAGCUAUCAUAACCAGUAGGUGCAUCUUCCUCUUUCACGCACUAACACCGCAUCUGUCUGUCUGUGUUUCUUCUUCUUUGGAUGUCGCCGGUACAGUUUUCUUGCGCUGGCUGAACUUUCUGCUGCUGAGAUAGGGAUGUGCUUUCAUCUGCAUGGACGGCGUCUUACUUUACGCUCCUAGUGUGAGCAGAGUGAAGUUUAGGGACACUUGUUUUCUUCUGCUUCUGUGUAGUGUUUUGUUGUAGUGUGUUGCACGACGCAUGCGUCCCAGCGGUCGGACGCUCAUCUAGAGCCGCUUGUGUUUGAAAACAAGUCUGAAGGGUUCAGGCGGGACAAAAGGCACAGGACGGAUGUUUGUUUAUUAAAUGAAUGAAAGGUCUUCUGGAUGCUGUAGUGGCCCCAGAGGAGCGGCUGAAGGGCUCCAGGUGUCCCGGGGCCGUCUGAGAUCGCAGCACGCGCCGGGCUGUGGAAUAAUGCGCUCCCUUUAGAAAGAAGAUUUACUCUUAUUUUUCACCAAAAGAAAUUCUAUUUUUUUAUUUUUCAGCAUGAAACACUUUCUCCAGAAUUAUCUUUUGAAUAUUGUUAUUUUACACAGGAUUUUUUAAAUGAUCUAUUAACAUAAACAGUCAUCUUAUCUAGUUUAAAACAGCAACUACUCCGUUAAUUCUUGCUUUGUGCUUGGAUUAUAUAUAUAUAUAUAUAUAUAUAAACAUUUUGAAAGAUUGAGCACAAUGUGGUGGAUUUUUUUCAUUUACUCUCAGUAAUGUGUCACACCGGCAGUUCUGACAGGGGCCGAAUGCAAACUGUGUGUGUGUGUGUGUGUGUGUGUGUGUGUGUGUGUUUGGGUAAAUUAGACUAGAUUACACUCUGCACACUUUAGUCAUCUUAAACACACAUAUUUUAAGCUGCUUUGUAGUUUUACACUAAGACGGAUUACAGAGGUUCAAUAGAGCUCAGCUGCCCUGACACCUCCACGCAGGCAUCUCCACAGCCGCGCUUGCCAUUACAAAAACCUUUAUUCACAACGAGUUGCUCUCAAAUGCAUUUCAAACAUUUGUAUAGGUUGAAACGCUCCGUUUUAUUAAGAGCAGCUCAUUUCGUGUAAAUUAUUCUAGCUCCACUGAAGGCUACAGUGACCUUUUCUUUAAUAGUGAUUUAAUUAUUGUGAAGAGUUUUUAAAACAUUUAAAAGAUACAGCAUAUUUAGUUCUUGAUUUAUUUGCCUGUCAUUAAAUACGUGUCUCAUAAAUUUGACCGUCACUGCUGGUUUGUUGCUUAAACACCUUCACGCUACACUUUUAUUUGUCCUGCUGGUAAUGCACCAAAUUAUUUUGUUUCGGUAGUUAUAUAAUUCUAUCUCUUAAUUUCUUUGCAUGAAAGAAAUAAAAUGAAUGCUAUUUAUUUACUGUGAAAUAAAAAUUUAAAACACAUCUGCCGUAGCAUUUUAAUUUUAAUACAAUAAUAUAAUUGCAAUAAUAUAUAGAGUGUUUAAUGUGUGUGUGUGUGUGUGUGAAUAAAAGAACCUGUUUUAGGUUUUUGAUUGGCCUUAUUGUGAAUCUAUACAUGUAUUUGUUUUAUUAAAAACACACUUAUUUAAUUUUAGUUAGUUAAAGCAUUUCCAAAAUUAUUUCAACCAUUGUUGUUGAAAUGCUUUAAUAAAAUGCGUGUUUUAAAUUAGAGUAUAGUCAGCGGCUGGCUUCAUGUGUCUGUCCUCAGAUGCACCGAGAAAGGCCACCGGUUAAUGUUUACUGGCACGUGUGGUGAGAUUGAUGCCGCUUCUGUUUGUAAACUGCACGCCGCGUGUUUCAGUAUUCAUGCGUAGAUCCGAGGCAUUGGGAAAGGUGGCGAUGCAGCCGGUCACUUUGACGUCUUCUUUACUCAGCUGGGAUAUUCAAUAUGACCCGGAGCGAAGACUGACUAGACAUAUUCCUGCUCGCUGCGGCCUCAUUUCAGGCUCUCGGCCGGGAUGACAGCUGGAUUACAUUCGUAUGCAGAAACCCUCCAUAAGCACGGCCAGACAAAUUCAAUUGAACAAUUGUUUGACUUCAUUACCGAGUUGGCAGAUCGAGCGCACAAAGCGCGUAUCUCCGGCAUUUCCGUUUUCCCUCUUCCGUUUUAUCGCAUUAGGUUGGAGAAAAAAGCAGCGGUGGGAAUUGCAUUAGUGCAUCUUAAGUUAAAAGCUCGGCGCUCUUUGAGCAAGUGUUUCAGUGCUGUUGGGUUAAUCAGAUUUUUGCUGUCUUUGAGGAGAUGCUAUCGCGGGUAACCAAAGCGGCCGGCUCUGACACUAUCCAGAUGGGAUCAGCUUACAGUAAUUUGGUUUCAGAAAACAUUACUCACACAGAUCCAUGGCUGUGGUCAGCCCACAUAUUCAUGAGCUCUGGAGAGGGUUUCGAUUCUCUCUCCGCGAGCCCUUCGCCGGCCAGCUGACCUUUGGCCAAAACGAGCACGCUUCUCCAUUCGCCGCAUGCUUUUUCAAACAAACACACAGGCUGCGGGCACCGGCGUGAGCGCAGAGCGGUGUUUUCAUGUGCGCUCACCUGCGUUCUUUCCGUUACGUGUUUAUUAUCGACACAUGCUCUGCUGAGGGUCUCUGGUGCUCUAUAUUUGUCAUCUGUGCACAUAUAAUCCUGAUUCACACUCUCACACCUCUAACUCUCUUGAACCGGCUUGUUUUAUGCAUCAUGAGCUUGCGUUAUAACAACCGUGUUGCAGGAGACAGUAUUAACACCCGUGGAAGCUUUGCAUUGCACUGAAGGGUGCUUCUAAUAGAAAAAAAGUUAUUGAAAUGAUCAGAAAUAGUAGUAUAGUGGCCAAUUCUCACUAUUACUAGCUUAUUAGCAUGCGUGUUUUUUACAUAUCGCCCGUUUAUUAUUUUGCAUGUUCUACCUCACUAAUCCUACCCGUUACUCAAACCUAACAACUAGUAUUAAUUAGGAAUUUGAAUUUAGUGAGGCAUAGUGAGAAGUAGACCUUAAAAUAUAGUGUGACUGAAAAAUGAAGAAAUGUUUGUCUGAAGAAAUUAAAAAAGGUUCUUCUGUGGCAUUGCUGUUUUAUUUUGAAGAGUGCAGUGUGUAAUGUAUCUGUCAGUCAUUAAAAGUGUGACAAAUUUCCGAGGUAGAAGGGCCAUGUUGUCUUGACGGUAGGGUCACUUUCAGCGCUCUCACACCCUGCGGCAGUGACCGAGCCGCCCGGCAUCGCCCAGUUCUCACCGAGGUAACCUUGGCAUCCUGGCCACGUCGUGACAGCAUGUUUAAAAAUAAACCCAGCUCCGCUAGCGUGCUGAGGAUAAUGGCCCUCCAACGCAUGCCGCAUGGGGGGUCUCACACGCACACACACACACACACACACACACUCAGACGAGACCACAGAGGAAGCAGUGAUGCUAUAGACAGCGCGGCUUGUCUGAAACAAAUACUUUAGCAUGGCAGUUUUAGCACAAGUUGCAGAUUUUUAAACGUUAAUUUGACUAUUUAGUACUUUUACAAACAAAAAAUAAACUUUUUGAAAUGUACUGCAAUUUAGUGUUAUCACAGCAUGUAAUCUGAAUCAGUUUUAUUUGUAUAUUUAAAAUUUUUUGUCUUUUUGUGUUUUUAUCAUUUCUUUAAAACACAACAAAAUUACUAAAACUUUAGUUAAAAUUGUCUAUACAGUUUCUAAUAAUUUUAAUUAACUUAAUUAGUUAUGUUAGUAAUCAACUUAAACUCAGUGAAAAUUAGAAGAAUUAGAUUCAUUUCUAUAUUUUUUCAUACAUUUUGUUUUUGUAUUUUCUAUUUCAAUGAACAUUUAUUCCUUUUUGUAUAUUAUUAUAUUUUUGCGGUUUUGUUUUAGUUUUAGUAAAGCUGCACGUGCAACUGAAUGCAGAUUCUGCUAACGUGUGGCCUGUCCGCAGCACUUGCUCUCUCUAUUUGCAUCAAUCCCACACACUGAGAGUAAACGAUCCGAGCGCUGUGUCCUGAUUUGCUCAGUAAUCAAAUGUUGCGGGGGGAAAAUGCUAAGUCCGCUAAUUUACACUUUGGAGAGGAGAGGAGAAAAAACGUGAGGCUGAAUGUCCGCGGGGCGGCACGCGGGCGUUUAUCAGAGAAUGGUAUUGGUAUCGAGCGGCCAGUCGUUUGAAGGUUAUGUUUCUGAGCAGUAAUUGAAAUGCAAAAUAACAUUAGGAUCGAUGGUUAGCUCUGUUUAUUUAUGAAAUCAAUAUUGAAACGGUCUGUCACCAUUGCGGCUCUGAUUCCAGCUGACAGCCAAACUGAGUGUGCCACGGCUGAGACGCUCGGUGCACUGCGGGAGGGAGCAGAGGAGCCAGGAACUGGGUGGGGUUUAGGAGAGGAAAUGAUGUCGCCACAGCUCGCCUCGGUCUGUGGGAAGGUAACUGUGGCUCAGGCUGACCCGAGGACCUGAGGACGUUACAGUGGAAACCCGCUGCGCUCGUGAAGUUCCUCACACAUCAACAUCAAACCUCCCAGAUAAAUAGCUGUGUUUCAUCAGGUUUCUGACUAACGAGCUUUAUUGGCUCACUUCCGCUGGUAUCCGGCGCUCUCUGGCACAGGCCUUUUUUCCACAAGGCUGCUGAACAGAAUGGCUGCUGAGGAGCGGCACAUGACGUCCAGCUGUGGCUCCUACAUCAAGACAGAGCCCUCCAGUCCGUCCUCUCUGGUGGACACGGCCAGCCACCCCAGUCCCGGCGCGCAUUCGGACGCUAGCGGAGGCUACGGCAGCGCCAUCAACAGCCACUCCAACGGCCUAGACUCUCCGCCAAUGUUCACGGCGGGCGGGCCGCUGAGCGCCGCGGGGAGCGCCUGCCGCAAGCGCUAUGAGGACUGUUCCAGCACGUUACUGGAGGACCCCGGCUCCAUCAAGUGCGAAUACAUGCUCAACUCCAUCCCAAAACGCCUGUGCCUGGUGUGCGGAGACAUCGCGUCGGGGUAUCACUACGGCGUGGCCUCCUGUGAAGCCUGCAAGGCCUUCUUCAAAAGAACAAUACAAGGUAACAUCGAGUACAGCUGUCCGGCCACCAAUGAGUGCGAGAUCACCAAAAGAAGACGCAAGUCCUGCCAGGCGUGCCGCUUCAUGAAGUGCUUGAAAGUGGGCAUGCUGAAGGAAGGUGUUCGGCUAGAUCGUGUACGAGGAGGCCGACAGAAAUACAAGAGGAGAAUGGAUGCAGAAAACACAGCCUACCUGGGGCUCACACUGCCACCGCCAGCCAAAAAACCCUUGACGAAGAUCGUGUCUCAUCUGCUGGUAGCGGAGCCAGAGAAGAUCUACGCCAUGCCGGACCCCACCAUGCCCGAGAGCGACAUCAAAGCCCUGACCACGCUGUGUGACCUGGCCGACCGCGAGCUGGUGGUCAUCAUCGGCUGGGCCAAACACAUCCCAGGUUUCUCCAGCCUGUCUCUGGGAGAUCAGAUGAGUCUGCUGCAGAGCGCGUGGAUGGAGAUCCUGAUCCUGAGCAUCGUGUUCCGCUCGCUGCCCUACGAGGACGAGCUGGUGUACGCCGAGGACUACGUGAUGGACGAGGAGCACUCGCGGCUCACCGGCCUGCUGGACCUCUACGUGUCCAUCCUACAGCUGGUGCGCAAGUACAAGAAACUCAAGGUGGAGAAGGAGGAGUUCGUCACGCUGAAGGCCAUCGCACUCGCCAACUCAGACUCCAUGCACAUCGAGGACGUGGAGUCGGUGCAGAAGCUCCAGGACGCCCUGCACGAAGCGCUGCAGGACUACGAGGGCUGUCAGCACGCAGAAGACCCUCGGCGGGCCGGGAAGCUGCUCAUGACGCUGCCCCUGCUCCGGCAGACGGCCACCAAAGCCAUCCAGCACUUCUACAGCAUCAAGAUGCAGGGCAAGGUGCCCAUGCACAAACUCUUCCUGGAAAUGCUGGAGGCCAAGGUCUGAUUGGCCGCUCGCCGCGUGACAUCAUCGGGGCCAGAGACUGCGGAGGUCAGCCGCGUGGGCUGCGGGACGCUCGUCUCUCGUCGGGACGUUUUUAAAGACCUGAAAAAAAAAGAUAACUUGGUUUAAAGCAUAAAUAUAAAUGGAAAAAUAAUUUAAAAAUCUAUAACAAAUACUAUGUACUUGUACAGUAAUGCUUUUCGUUCUUGAUCUGUGCUUAUAUAUGAUGGAAGAAACUGUAAGUCAUUUCAGAGUGAGUAGUCAUUUCUUUGGUUCCGCUAUCCCUCCGUGUUUGUCGCCAACGACCUCGGCCCGGCCCUCGGACGACGCCAGGACACCUCGAGGACUUGUAAAUAUUCAUGGCGGGAUUCGGCCGAGGCUGGACGUGGAAGCUGCUGCCGGUUCUUCCCUAAAUGUGAACUCUUGCUGACGUCCUUGAAAAUACCUCUUCUUGACUCCCGGGAGGACGGCGUUUGUGCCACGCUCCUCCGGGACCUCAGUCAUCUUACUCUAGUAACUCAGCAAUAAAUCGAGCCGACGAGGAGCGCCCACCUCUUGUGUUGCACUGUACUGCUUUUUUAAACUACUUGUUAUUGUUGUCGUCGUCGGUGUUUGGGCCUAAGUGUAGUCGGCGGGUGGAGGGAUGGAGGAUUUACGAUGCGUGGCAGACGUCCAGGAUGCUCCGUGUUCAAACAAUCAGACGCCCGUAUGUCAAGCGGCCUAUUUCGGGCUUGUUAAGCCACCGGCGGAGGAAACGAGGUGUUUCUGCUCGGACCCUGCCAGGACUUUUAUAGCCAUGUAUCUGAAUGAAGGUGGGCGGCAGGUGCGGGUCUUUAUCACCAGCUUUAUUUUUAGGUCUUGGAAGUCGACAGCAGAGUGAGCAGGAGGGGUGUUUGACCUCAUGUUGACACAAUAGCAUCGCUUCGAAAAUGGCCUUCAAACUCGCCGGCCCUAUAAACAGCUUAUUACCCUUAGAUCCACUUGACAGCAGACCGCCGUACGGCUCUUAGUCCCGAGUUAUCUGUUAGCAAUAUCCCGCACCCGAGAGGCAUUAGCGGUGAAAAGAACCGAAGUCAUUUGCUUGACGUCAAACGUAUAAUAUAUCAUGAAGGACCUGAGGGUUUGACUGAAUCUUGGGGUGCGUUUCCCAAAACCGGCCAGUCUCGUUGCCGACAUAGUUAGCGAUUCGGUUGCUGUGUUUCCAUCCAAAAUUGGGAUAUCGCACAUUUGUGAAUAAAGCAUCCAGGGAGCGCUAUCGUCGCUGUUCUUGAUUAACUUGUGCUAAAUAUCAUCAAGAAGUUUUUCAUUCGCCGUGAUAGGAAAAGGCAAUGCACGUAAUCGUUUUUUUGUGAACAAGGUGCGCUCAUGUUAUCUUAUUUUCGAGGCCGUUGUUUAGGAACGCAGAUCAGGGAGUUGAUUAUAAGGAAGCACUUUGAUGAGACUACAAGGCAUUAAUAAUUUUAGAAUGACUAAAUUAGCGUUUCGGAUUCUGGGCAAUGAGAUCUGAGCAGUUAUGCUGUCCCUUCGCAAAGUCGCGUCUUUUUUUAUGCGCAUUUAUUCGGCCAAAGUGUUUCUAUUGUGAGUGUUGAGCGCAUAUGCUUUUUAUGUCCAUUUUUACAAUUCAUGCCCCUCUUGGCAUUUGUGUUUUUUUAAAGCGGUAUCCCAAAAUGCGCACCAGUAUAGGUGGAUGGAAACAUAGCCGCUGUUCGUUGAAACCAAACGUCCCGUGUGGUCGAAAGUGCGACUUUGGAACGGAUCGUGCUCAAUUUGCACAUGAAGCAAAAAACCUGCAGCACAUUCUUUUAAAUCAAUCGAGUGCUGCAGCUGGGACGUCAAAGGCUUCAGAAUGAGGUUUUCUUUCGUUGUGUUUUUAGUUCACGAUACUUGGACGUUUAGUUCCCCGGUGUUACUGCACACACUGUAAGUAAGUUCAUUUUAGGUGUGUGUGAUUUACAUUGUAGAGCAAAACGCCCAAGUAUGGUCAAUUGAAAUGAAUGAAAUUAGCAAUAAAAGGUCCAUUGUCAAACCAGAGAUCAGUUCAUUAAUGACAGGUCUACAACAGGUGGAAACAGUGACUAGUUAGUUAUAUUGCUCUAGGGUAUUAACCAGCGAGAUCUGUCAUAUGGGAAACCAACCCCAGGUCCGAUCUCUCUCUCAAUCAUCGCUGAUGUCUCUCAUUGGCUUCACAAUUGCCAGACACUUCCCAGAAAACUUGAACCCACCACAAUCUCUCCCCGAGCGGACGAGAUAGCCAGAGAGAAGAUAAUACAGGGAUUCAUUUUACAUGCAGCGCAACUGUGUGGACUCACAUUAGGGAUCAGUUCUGACCAAACCAUGCCCGUGUGAAUGCAAACGCUUCGAGCUAAUGCUUCAGAACCCGACUCAGUCGCAUCCGUUAGACACACGCUAAUGAACAUAUAUGCAACAUUCACGUAGCUACCUCAUCGUUCAUCCUGUAAAUACUGCCCUUUCUUUAGCCUCUUCCUCUCACGCCCACAACGUCUGAUAAAGCUAGAGAACUAGGUUAACUUCUCACACACCACACUAACCACCAAAGCACACUUCUCUCUCCCCACGUCCUGUCUGGUGCACUGAUCCAGGUGCUUUUUUUCUACUUUUUUGACAACGGGACACUUGGUCGCAUUCAUCAUCUAGCCUACCCGAAACCCCACGAAGGAGCGAGUGGCGUGAAUGUUGAUCAGUGCCUCUCCGUUCAGUGUUUAGGAGGGAAAAGAUGCAUAUCUGUGAAGGCCGUUGUUUCUUUCUUUUCUGUGGACCGCAGCAUGUCGGGGUCAGAACUGCUCCCUCAAUGUUCAAAAUGACGCCGGUUUUUUGUGUUUCUCCUCCAGAUACUCAUUGUGUAUAUUAUAUCACUUUGGCCACGCUGUACUGUACAAUAAUAUUGUUCAUUUAACAAA